GGUUUUUGACAGCCAUCUGUCACCCGAGGCGAAGUUUGCGUUUAGCCAUUUCCUUGUUUUCGACAUUUCGUCGCUUCGCUCUUUCUUUCCGGCUCGUACCAGAGUCUAGUGAACACACAUUUUGUGUAUCAUUAAAAUUAAUUUUUAAGCCCUUGAAACGCCACAAUGGGGCGUGUUAUUCGUGCACAGCGUAAAGGUGCCGGGUCCGUAUUCACCGCCCACACCAAGAAGCGAAAGGGAGAGCCCAAAUUGCGCGCCCUCGAUUAUGCCGAACGUCACGGAUACCUGAAGGGAACCGUCAAGCAAAUCAUCCAUGAUCCAGGUCGUGGUGCCCCGCUGGCGGUCGUUCACUUCCGUGACCCUUACAAGUUCAAGCUCCGCAAGCAGCUGUUCAUCGCCGCCGAAGGUAUGUACACCGGACAGUUUGUGUACUGCGGAAAGCGCGCCCAGCUCCAGAUCGGCAACGUUCUGCCAAUUGGUCUGAUGCCCGAAGGUACCAUUGUGUGCAAUCUGGAGGAGAAGACCGGAGACCGUGGCAAGCUGGCCCGUACCUCGGGUAACUACGCCUCGGUCAUUGCCCACAACCCGGACACCAAGCGUACCCGUGUCAAGCUGCCGUCGGGUGCCAAGAAGGUGCUGCCAUCGGCCAACCGUGCCAUGGUCGGAAUCGUUGCUGGCGGUGGUCGUAUUGACAAGCCAAUCCUGAAGGCCGGUCGUGCCUACCACAAGUACAAGGUGAAGCGUAACUGCUGGCCAAAGGUACGUGGUGUGGCUAUGAACCCCGUUGAGCAUCCCCAUGGUGGUGGUAACCAUCAGCACAUCGGUAAGGCCUCGACCGUCAAGCGAGGAACUCCACCAGGUCGCAAGGUCGGUCUUAUUGCUGCCCGUCGUACCGGUCGUAUCCGAGGUGGCAAGGGAGACGAGAAGUUCAAGGAGAAGGAGAAGAAGUAAGGAAACGCUAGGCAGGGAUGAAGACGGAUUGCAUCUUGAAUUGCUGCUGUUUUGGGUACUGAUAAGCGUAAGGAUAGAUAUCGUUCUGCUGUUUUGAAAUUAAAAUCUAUUCUAACAGUCGAAAUAA